AUGCGUGCGAAACGGUCAAAGCAGUACAAAAAGCUGGUCCAACAAUACCAGCUGCACCAUGGCUUCCGCGAGCCCUACCAAGUGCUGGUCGACGGCGACCUCGUACGCGAUGCCGAACGGUUCACAAUGGACCUCCAGGCCGGUCUCGAGCGAACACUGCACGGCAAGGUCAAAAUCAUGAUCACCCAGUGCUGCAUCCGCCACCUCUACAGCAUGCCCAAAGAGCCCGGUAUUAACCGCGCCAUCGAUCUCGCGAAGACGUUUGAGCGCCGCCGCUGCGGCCACCGCCCCGACGACUUUGAAGAGGCGCUCUCGGCACUCGAGUGCUUGACGCACGUCGUCGACAAGGACGGCCGCGGCGAGAACAAGCACCGCUACGUCGUCGCCACGCAGGACCAGAGCGUCCGCCGCUACAUGCGCACGGUCUCGGGCGUGCCGCUCAUCUACAUCAACCGCAGCGUCAUGAUCAUGGAGCCCAUGUCGGAGGUGACGGCCCAGGUGGGUGCCAGCGCCGAGCGCGCCAAGUUCCGCAGCGAGCUGCGCAAGUCGGCCGGCGCGAAGCGGAAGCGGGACGAUGCGGGCGACGAGGAGGACAACAAAGAUGAUGACAGCGACGACGGCGACGACGACAAGGAUGCCAACGGCGACAAACUACAAAAGGCUGCACAGGCUCCAGGCGAGGAGAAGAAGAAAAAGAAAAAGGCAUUUGGCGUCAAGGGACCCAACCCUCUGUCGGUGAAGAAGAAGAAGGAGAAGAAGACGGCAGCCCCCGGCGCAGGCGCAGGAGCGGCGGCCGCCAAACCCAAAACCACAGACGACGGCGCCCCGAAGAAGAAGCGGAUACGGAAACACAAGGCACAGCCCGCCGGCGAGGGCAGUGCGCCUGCUGCAGCGGCACAGGCGGCCAGCGACGAGUAG